AUGUAUCGCUCGGCCAGGAGACAUCUGGCCAGGCCGGGUGGCUUCCGAGUUCGCGUGAAAUUCUUCACCGGGACGUCGUGCAACUCUGUUGGCCGAGGUGGCACCUGCGAGCUCCGAUUCAUCGACAUGUGGGCCGAGAGUAUCCAGGAGUGCUACGAGUCGGGCGUUGCCCAGUUCUUCUGCCCCAUGGAUGAGGACAUCACCCUGAUCCCCAUGUCGCCGAACCUGCUGUGCAAGGUCUGCAGCAUCGAGGCCUUCGAGGACCAGGACCCCCGGGCCGCGGUGCUCACGGGCCGCCUCCACUUCGGCCCCAACCAGCGAGGCGGGGAGGCCGACGAGAGCUUGCUCUGGGGCUACCGCCUCACAUUUGUGGAUGCCUGUGGGGCGGAGCUAGCGGAGUUCGGCAAGGUUCCGAAGCGCAGCUAUCCCCCGGCUGUCUGCUGUGACCCCUGGCGAUACAGCUUCGAUCUGGAGUCCGUGGCUGUUCCCGCGGGGGCGACGGCCAUUCAGAUCAGCCCUUACAAGGAGAACUGGCACUUGCUGGGAGGGGCCUCGGUCGGCUUUGUUGACCUCCACGUCUCCACGUCUACCACCAUGAGUCAGACGACGUCAUUGACCAACACCACCGCAAGCACGACGACCACCAGCAACAGCACUGUGAGCGCCACAACGACCACCUCGUCCCUCUCGAGCACCAGCUUCACCAGCACGAGGUCUACGACGAGCCUGACCACGCUGUCCAGCACCAGUAUCUCCACCGUCACCGCCUUUACGACCACGAUGACCGGAACCCUCACGGCUAGCGGCGCGCGCUGGCCGGACUUCCGGAUCGUGUGGGCCCUCCUGGUCGUGCUGCUCUGA